AUGCCGCCCAGCAAUGACGACUUGCGCAGCUGGGCGGCGCUGGAAGGCAAGCGGCUGAUGAACGUCCUAUCGUAUCGCGCCACGUUGGCAGAACUACUGGCCGUGGUGAAAGCACACAGAGAGAAUGGGGAGGAGAUGAGAGGGAGAGUGGGAGGCGGUGUGCGGGAGGAUAGAAGAGGGGAGGAGAGAUGGGGAGAGGGGAAAGAAGGAGGGGAGGGAAGGGAAGAGGAGAGUGUGGGGGAGGGUAAAGUGGGGGAGGGUGGAGGGGGAGAGGAUAGAGGGGAGGAGGGAAAUGUCUCUUCUAAGCGAGUGAAGGGCCAAAAGGAUGGGAAGGCAAGCACCGGUUUGUCCCCUGUACACAUCUGCACCGCAUUCCACCGCAUUGCCAAGCAUGCCAAGCGCAUGGGGGGCAGACGGCGUCUCGUGGACCGGCUCAAAGAGGACGAAACGGUUCGGUGGCUCGGGCGGCAGGUGGAGGCGCUGGCAAAGGGCGGCAGACUCAAGGGCCAGGCUUUGGCCAACGUGGCAUGGGCACAGGCAGAGCUGGGGCACGGUCCACCAUCGUUGCUCAACACUGUCAUGGCAGCAUCGCUCGCGCAGAUCAAAUCCUUCCAGCCGCUGGAAGUGGCCAUUCUGAUGCAUGCACUAGGUUCCACCGCCGGCCUGCCAGCUGUCAACGCCAGCCUGGCGCGGGACCUGCUUGGGCGGCUGAUGUGGGAGCACGUGAUUGGCUCGCUGCACUGCUUCCAGCCGCGCCAUGUUAAGGAGAUCCUGUGGGCCCACGCGCGGCUGAGGGCCCACGCGCGGGUGGGACUGCUGCACUCACACCUGCGCUCCGUGCCCACCCGUACCGCCCCUUCUUCCCUCAAACCCCUCCCCACCGCACCCCCUUUCGCUCUUUACCGAAACUCCUCCCCACUGCGGCCCCUUCCCCUCUUCCCACUCCAUUGCAGGGCCCACGCGCGGGUGGGGCUGCACUCGCACCUGCUCUUCCGCGAGGCGGCAAAGCUUGUCCUUUCUGACAUGAGCAGCUACAGUGCUCCGCAGCUCGCCAUUAUCGCAUGGUACAGCAUGGCCUGGCAUGAUGUGGUAUGUUGUGGCAUGAUGCGCAACAUGAUGUGGCAUGGUCCUUUGCCAAGCUCCACCAUUCAGACGACUCUCUCUUUUGUGCACUUGCUGCCUGGGCCGAGAGCAACGCUCCUGCAUUCGCGUCUCAAGACACCUCCAACAUGCUCUGGUGAGCCGCCCUCUCUUCGUCUAGUGUGCUGCCCUCUCUCCCUCGUCUCACCCUUUGCUCGUGUAAGCAGAGAGCAACGCGCCAGCGUUCUCAAGACACCUCCAACAUGCUCUGCCCUUGCUGCCUGGCCCGAGAGCAACGCGCCUGCGUUCGCGUCUCAAGACAUCUCCAACAUGCUCUGGUUAGCUUUCCUCUCUUCUUCGCAUGACCUCAGGGCAUCGCAGGCAUCAGCUGCUAGAGACAGUGGGGGAGGAGAGCACGAGGGCCUAUGCCACAGCAGGGCAUCGCAGGCAUCAGCUGCUAGAGGCAGGGAGGAGAGCACGAGGGCAUACGCCACAGCAGCAGGCCGCCAAAACCAGCUGCUGCUAAAGGCUGUGGUUGAGGAGAGCACGCGGCAAAUCGUGAGUGCACCGCACCUUACCACACAACUUGUUCCUCCCUUUCCCCAUCCCGUCCUCCCAACCGGGGCGGCGUACGUCACAGCAGGCCACCGCAACCAGCAGCUGCUAGAGGGGGCAGUGGGGGAAGAGAGCACGCGACGAAUGGACCAUCACACCCCAUUUUCCUCCCCCAUCCCCUCUUUUUCCCUUGCCUUUGCCCCUCCUCCAAUCAGGGCGUACGCCACAGCAGGCCACCGCAGCCAGCAACUAUUAGAGGCAUUGGGGGAGGAGAGCACGCGGCGAAUUGUGGGCGGUACACUGGAGAGGGAGGCUGUAUCUGGGCAGGCUGUUGCCAACAUCGCGUGGGCAUUAGCAACGCAGAGUCACUACGACGUCCCCUUUUUCUCCGCCGCUGCUGCCCACGCCACCCGCUACAUACCAAGAUACGCCGGCCGCACCAUUGCCUGCCUGGCGUUUGCCUUUGCUCUGAUUGGCCACACCGCCCCUCCUCUCUUCCUGCGUGUUGAGUCUGAGAUCAUCCGUCGACUAUCACUGCGGUCAGGAGAACAGGAGUUUGGGCGCCAGGCACUGGUGAUGCUCGCAUGGGCUCUCGUGGUGCAUGGCCAAACCGACACACCCUCUGCUGCUCCUGCUCCGCCUGCCGCCGCUGCUCCUUCUGCUGCUGCUCCCAGCACCAGCAUCACCACCAUCAACUCCCCAUCCUCUCUCCCCUCCUCUCCCUCCUCCUCUGCCUCUCUCAGCCCAGCUCUCCCCAUCCUGCGGCACCACCUGCUCUCCCUCACCACCGACCUCACCUCCUCUGAGCUCUGCCAGCUGUAUCAGGUCGACCUGGCCACGCAGCUGGAAGCACCGGAGCACAGCACUCGCCUGGUGGAGGGCGGCAUGGGCGUCAAUCUAGCCACCCAGCUGGAAGCACCGGAGCACAGCACUCGCCUGGUGGCGGGCGGCAUGGGCGGCAUGGGGCAGGCUGGGAGGAGCACGAGUGGCAGUGGGAGCGGUCGACCUACCCACCCAGCUAGAGGCACCGGAGCACAACACUCGCCUGGUGGAGGGCGGCAUGGGCGCCAUGAGGGAUGGGAGGGAGGUGGUGUUCUUUCUGCUUCCCUCCUUCCUGCCUCACUCCCUCCCUCCCUCACUCCCGCUCUUCCGCAGGUCGACCUGGCCACCCAGCUGGAAGCACCGGAGCACAACACUCGCCUGGUGGAGGGCGGGAUGGGCGCCAUGAGGGAUGGGAGGGGGGUGGCUAAGGCGUGCUGGGAAGCAGCCCACAAGGCAGAGAAGCUCCAGGUUUCAGGGCUUCAGAGAGACAUCAGCUGCGCCCUGCACCAGAUGCACCUCCCCCACACCCUCGAGUACCGAGACGGCGACUACAGCAUCGACCUCGCCCUCCUCCUGCCUCUCGCCGCAACAGAAUCUACGGGGAGUGACUCUACGCGGAGUGAUUAUAGGAGAAUGGAACGCCGUGUUCUCAAGAUAGCAGUGGAGGCUGACGGGCCGUCACACUUCACUAUAAGCACGUCUGGAAUGACAACUGAGCAGCAGCAUCAGCAGCACUCUCAGCAGCACCCCCAUCAGCACAAUCAGCAGCAGCAGCAUGUGCCGCUGGGUCCCACUCGCCUCAAGGCCAGGCUGCUGCGCUGCCGAGGCUGGCAGGUGGUUCAGAUACCUUUCUUUGAGUGGGAGUGCCUGUCGGACCUCCACCAGAAGCAGACAUAUCUCGCCGCCCGUCUCGGGCCUCUGGCCAUGCAGCUGGCGCGUGCAGCAGCAGCAGCGGAUGCUGACGUGGCACUGGAACAGGCUGGUGGGACUGGGGAAGGUAGAACUGCGGAGCGUAGAAUUGAGGAGGGUGGAUGUGGGGAGGGUAGAACUGGGGAGGGUAGAACUGGGGAGGGUAGAACUGGGGAGGGUAAAACUGGGGAGGGUAGAACUAGGGAGGAUGAGACUGGGCUGAGUGACAAACAGCAAGAGGAAGUGGGAUUGAAGGAGGGGCGAGUGGCAGAAGAGGCGGAGCAGGUUGGGGGAGGGGAAUUUAAGCCUAGGGAUGGAGAAGGGAAGGAGGUGGACGAGAAAGUGAAGGAGGGGGAGGAGGGAGCACAGAGGAGGGAGGGAGGGGAUGUCAUUCCUGAGAAGUCUCAAAAGGAAGGGGAGGAGGAAGAUGAGGAGAGGAGGAAGGGAGGGGAUGUGUUGAAGCGAGCAGAGGUGCUGGGUGCGUGGAAGGCGGGGCAGGGCAAGGGAGGGCUGGGGGCUGACAGGCUGGCACUUCUGAGAAAGGCUGCUGUGAGGAGAGGGCUAACACAGAAGUAG